AUGUCGAGGCUGUUCUCGAAGAAGAAGAAGUCCGGCGACGAGGGCGCGGCGGAGGGUGCCGCCGUCGAGGGUGCCGUCGAGGGUGCCGAGGAGGGUGCCGAGGAGGGUGCCGACGCGGCGACGGAGGCCGCGGCGCCGCCGCCGCCGACGACGCCGACGCCGACGCCGACGCCGUCGGCGUCCGCGGACGAACCGGUCGCGAACCUCACGCUCCCGACGCGCCUCGACGGUCUCGCUGGGACCACGCUCGUGGGGACCAUCGCCCUCGAGCGCGAGCCCGUCGGCGCGGCCGUCGUGCCGCUGACGGACGUCGUCAACGCAGGUGAGACUGCUUCCCAUACGACCCCGUUCGCGUGGUGCACGUCGUUCCUUAAGGACUUUUCCCGUCGUCAUUCUUCACCCGCGCUUCCCUUUCAACGUUUGACCGGUAAGACGUUCGACUGA